AUGUGGUAUGGCGACAACCAGCCAUUUGUGUCUUCCUUUGGUGAUCCCACUGGCUAUGGCUUGCAUGUUGACUUCCUUAAUGGCUGGGAUAUAGACGUUCUCCAAGACGCGAUCAACACCUGCCAUGACGGGGCCGGUGAUAUCAGGCAGUGUGAGUCCAUUACCAUGCAGCCCGACUGGGUUACAGACGGCUGCAUUGUCGAGCGCUCAAUCAACGAGCGGAUCGACGGAUGGCUUGAUGCUCUCGCCGGCUGCGAUCCCAUUCAGGGAGGCCCACAGGAUGCCGGGGUUGUGACGGCAUGCGGUGCGCCCACCGAGAUUGGCGAGUCUCUGCAUUACUACACCGACCUCACCGGGAGCCGCAGAUGCGAGUGGAUCGGAUGCACCCAGGAUAAUGUUGGCGGCCAGCGUAUCCUGGUUGGUUCGUCUUCCGGGUUCUCUGACAUGACCCCGGCCACAUGCGUUGAGAAAUGCAUUGCCGACGGCUAUAAUAUUGCUGGUGUGGAGAAUGCGCAUGAGUCCUUCUGUGGCAGCACCGUCGCCCCGACAGGUUGCCCAAGGUCACUCCAAUGGGCAACUGCCUAA